UCCGUCCACCGUCAAUCAUUCCAAACAAAUUGUUCCCACCUAGCAUCACUCACAAAACAUUCACGUCAAAGGCCACGAAAAGUCCGACGAUCGAUUCUCGUACAGAGUCGAAAUCACAGAGUCGCGCGUCACUGUUUGGCAGGAAGGUGUCUCGGCCACAAAACCGUCAAAAUUUCGAAAUUGUGAAUGGGUUUGACCGCGGCGUGGGCCCUUUGCGAUUGCAAUGGAACCGGCAGACAGUCGCAGAACACCCUGGAGUGUCAAGUAUCGGCUAAGAAAGUCGUGUCGAAGUGCACACCAGCCCUAAAAGCCGUGAGGAAAUCGAAAUGCGGCCCUCGCCGCAUGCUGUUCGCCAUCCUUAUUAUACUGGUGGUGGCUUUCCUCGUUUACUCCGCGUUGUACGUAAAGCAAGGGGCGGUGGCGAUACGGGCGAGCCUGUCGAGACGACGUCAACCAGAACAGCAGGCUCCACCUCCGCCACCUCCAUCUCCAGAGAUCGUAGUCGAGGCUCCAGAACCCGAGGAAGCACCAGUUGAACCGACGGAAGAAACGACUCCAGAGGAGGGUGAGAUCGUGGAGCAGUAAAUCUUGACGUCGAUUGUACAAGAAGUCUUCAUGCACUGGCUAGGAUUAUUCCUAGGAGUCUCGACGCGAAGAAGAGGAAAACUGAAGGUUUGAUCCCAGGUAACGAAUGUGCCAACCGUGCUACGCGGGAACGUAACGUAUGUACAUAAAUCCGUGUCCGAAACACUGAGCUGGAACUACAUUUUUCAUACGCAACAUUAUUCGAAGCAAAGUUACGUUGCAUUUCUCAGAGCAACGCCGAUUUCAUUCUUAGCAGUAACAGCUGCGAGGCGCCAUGAACGACAGCAUGGACCAUUCUUCGAUGAUCUACAUUUUAACCUUGCUGUUCGCUCGUUAACUGCUGAACAAUCGAAUGAAAUUAUUUGGAAACGUCGAAGUAAUCCUUGGAGUUGAUAACAACCUGAUAAUCGAAAUAUUCAUUAUUCAUUUCUAGACUGUUGGGGGGAAACCAAAUUAUCUAUCGAGUGAUUCAGCCUUUAUGGAAAGAUUAGUGACUGUGACUCGGUCGUUUUAUAUUAGAUAAAUAAAUAAAAAUUACAUAGAGAAGAAGUUUUACGAUUUGAAAUUGGUAAAGUGAAAUUCAACGUUUAUUAAUCG